CUGCUCGGACUUCCGGUUUGGGAGCUGGACCGGGAGGCUGGCGACCCGAGACUGAGGCCCGACCCCGAGUGGGUGAGGCUGGCCCGGGGUCUGGGAUGAAAGGUGACUGUGGGGCCGCUCAAGAGGGAGACUCUUUCAGGUGUCGGCCGGAGAGUACCCUCCGGGCGCCUUAGCUCAGUCGGAGGCCUCCGGAAGGGACUGCAUGACGGCUCUGCAAGUGACCCGGCCGGAGGGAGCGAAGACAAAGAGGCCGGAACGCCACACUUGCCGCUCUCUGAUCUGACCACUGUGCCCGGGAACCUGCAGCGCUCAGAGCCCCUGGCCAGCACCCGAACUCGCCCUCAGGAGACCCAUUACUGCUGCCCCUUCGGAUUCCCUCCCUAGCAGUGUGACUCUCCCCAAGCCUUCAGGUCCCCGCUUCAGGAGCCCAAAACAACUUCUCCAGCUGUGCGAGGCUUCUCGUCUGUAGCUCCCGAAUGCUUGCCGAGCGGUUACUUAUGCCGUAAGGGGAAACGACCCGACGUCCAAUACUUGAUUUUUGUCUCGAGUGGGAAUCGGAAGAAACUCCUCUAACAGAGAGAGCAUCUCCGUGAUUCUCCAAGGACAUGGGAAGAUAGGUGUAAGCCCACGAGCGCUUAAUUGGAGGGAAGCUGCUUUCCUGCUGUGAAUGAUGGCCAAGCCCACUCUGAGAGGGAAUGGCGCUAACUCUGAGACCUUCCGACAGCGAUUUAGGAGAUUCCAUUACCAGGAAGUGGCUGGGCCCCGGGAGGCUUUCAGCCAACUCUGGGAACUUUGCUGUCGGUGGCUAAGGCCGGAGGCACGCACCAAGGAACAGAUUGUAGAAUUGUUGGUGCUAGAGCAGUUCCUGACCGUCUUACCUGGGGAGAUCCAGAACUGGGUACAGGAGCAAUGUCCAGAAAGUGGAGAGGAGGCAGUGACUCUGGUGGAAGACUUAGAAAGAGAGCCUGGAAGACCUGGACGUUCGGUCACAGUCUCUGUGAAGGGGCAGGAAGUGCGCUCUGAGAAGAUGACACCCUUGAAAUCAUCACGAGAGUUAUUAAGUAUUCGGCAGGAGUCAGUGGAACCCCAGCCCAGGGGUGUACCCAAGAAAGAGAGGGCAAGAAGCCCAGACCUGGGACCACAGGAACAGAUGAACCCAAAGGAGAAGCUCAAACCUUUUCAAAGGAGCGCAGGAUUUCCAUUUCCUAAAUCCGGUGUGGUCUCCAGGUUGGAGCAAGGAGAGCCAUGGAUCCCAGAUUUGCUGGGCCCCAAGGAGAAAGAACUCCCGAGAGGUAGCUGCACAGGAGAUAGACGAGUACAUGCUGAUCUGUUACUAUCCAAGAAAGAGAGAAGAAGCUGGGUGGAACAGGAUCAGUGGGGCUUUGAGGAUGAGAAAGUGGCAGGUGUACACUGGGGCUAUGAAGAGACCAGAACUCUCCUCGCAAUUCUCAGCCAGACUGAGUUUUUUGAGGCUCUCCGAAACUGUCAUCGAAACAGUCAAGUGUAUGGGGCUGUGGCUGAGCGGCUCCGGGAGUAUGGCUACCUCCGGACACUCGAACAGUGUAGAACCAAGUUCAAAGGUCUCCAGAAGAGCUAUCGGAAAGUCAAGAGUGGCCACCCACCUGAGACCUGUCCCUUCUUUGAAGAAAUGGAAGCCCUGAUGAGUGCUCGGGUCAUUGCCCUGCCUAAUAAUGGCCAAGAAGAGACAGCUUCUCACUCUGACCUGGUGGGCAGUGAUGCUGAGACUGAGGAGCCAGGGCAGAGGGGUUGGCACCAUGAGAAAGGCGCAGAAGAGACUAUGGCUGAGGAGUCUGACAGUGAUGAAAUGGAUCUGGAAGCCACCCCACAGGACCCUGACAACUUGACUGCACCUGUCCUGUUCCGAAGCCCAAGUGGCGUACACUGGGGUUAUGAAGAGACCAAGACUUACCUUGCAAUUCUUAGUGAAACUCAGUUUUAUGAAGCCCUCCGGAACUGUCAUCGCAACAGCCAGUUGUAUGGUGCGGUAGCUGAGAGGUUAUGGGAACAUGGCUACCUUAGGACUCCAGAGCAAUGUCGGACCAAGUUUAAAAGCCUUCAAACCAGCUAUCGGAAAGUCAAGAAUGGCCAAGGACCAGAGACUUGUCCCUUCUUUGAAGAAAUGGAUGCUUUGGUUAGUGCUCAGGUUGCUGUCCCAGUUGGUGACAGCCAAGAAGAGGAAUAUUGCCAGGGAAGCAGUGAGGCUGAAGCUGAGAAGCAAGCUGAGGAGGAAGAAGAGGCCAUAGAGGAAGAUUCUGAUGAUGAUGAAGAGGAGACUGAGAUACCCCCAGAAGCUGUCAUAACCCGUGCUCCAGUCUUAUUCCAGAGCCCCAGCGGUUUUGAGGCUGGAUUUCAGAAUGAAGAGAAUCUAAAACGGGAUAUUUCUGAGGAAGUACAACUGCACAGAACAUUACUUGCAAGGUCUGAAAGGAAAAUUCCCCGUCGUCUACAUCAAGGUAGAAGCAGUGAGAGCAAAUGUAGAUCAGGAAGACAAUGGGAAAAGACCACAGAGGAGAAAAGAGGAAAACUGACACUCCCAGAGAAGAGUUCAGGUAAAGUCCUAAGUCAUCAGAGACCUUGCGUGGGAGAGAAACCCCAUAAAUACUUCAGAUAUGGCAAGAGCUUUGGUCCAAACUCCCAUCUCAUGCAUCAGAUAUCCCAUCAAAUGGAAAAUCCAUAUAAAUGUGCAGACUGUGGGAAAAGCUUUAGUCGGAGUGCACGCCUCAUUAGACACCAGAGAAUCCACACUGGAGAGAAACCUUAUCAGUGUCUUGACUGUGGGAAAAGCUUCCGUGACAGUUCAAAUUUCAUCACUCAUAGGAGAAUCCACACAGGAGAGAAACCGUAUCAGUGUCGUGAGUGUGGAAAACGUUUCAAUCAGAGUUCAAGCCUUAUAAUUCACCAGCGAACUCACACAGGAGAAAAACCCUAUCAAUGUGAAGAGUGUGGAAAAAGCUUCAAUAACAGUUCUCAUUUUAGUGCACAUAGGAGGAUACAUACAGGAGAGAGACCCCACGUGUGUCCCGACUGUGGAAAGAGUUUCAGUAAGAGUUCUGAUUUACGUGCACAUCACAGAACCCACACGGGAGAGAAACCCUAUGGUUGCCAUGAUUGUGGCAAAUGCUUCAGUAAAAGCUCUGCCCUUAAUAAGCACCGAGAAAUUCAUACAAGAGAAAAGCUUCUGUCACAGUCAGCAUCAAAGUAAGCCCCUGAAAAUAAAGGAAGAGUUUCAAUAAAUGUAUUUUUUGGAAAAGUCUUCCCAAAAUGAGA